AUGUCUUACGGCGGCAACAACGACUCCAGCUACGGUUCCUCCCGCAGGGACAACGAGGACAGCUACGGCACCUCGGGCACCACGGGCUACGGCUCCUCCCGCAACGACAACGAGGAUAGCUACGGCUCUUCCAACCGCCGUGACAACAACACCUCGGACUCGUACGGCUCCUCCACCAGUCGUCGUGACAACGACACCAGCUACGGCUCCUCCACCCGCGACGACAACGACUCGUACGGCUCCUCCGGUCUAGGCCGCAGCGGCAACGAGGACAGCUAUGGUUCCUCUACCACCCGCCGGGGCAAUGACGACGAGGACUCGUACGGCUCCUCCCGCAAGACGGGCUCAUCCGCCUUCGAUUCCUCCACCUCUUCCAACCUCGCCGGCGCCGACUCCCUCUCCUACAACGCCUCGCAGAACGGCGGCCGUACCUACGACAACGACACCACCGACAGCUACGGCUCGUCCACUACUCGUCGCGACAACGACGACACCUACGGUUCCUCCACCACCCGCCGCGGCAACGAGGAGAGCUAUGGCUCCUCGGGCGCCACGGGCUACGGCUCUUCCCUCAGGGAAAACGACACCAGCUACGGCUCGUCCACCACCCGCCGCGAAAACGACAACUCGGACUCGUACGGCUCCUCUUCCACCCGCCGCGACAACGACGCCUACGGCAGCAGCAACGCCGACGACAACUCGUACGGCAGCGGCAGCGGCGGCAGCAGAAAGGGCGACAGCAAGUUCGGCAAGGUGCUCGAGAAGGCUGGCGACCUGCUGGGCAGUGACAAGCUCGAGUCCAAGGGCCAGGCGAAGCGGGAGAACGCUGGCUACGGCAACAGCAACGACUACUAG